CCGCCCCCUGGGCCUGGCUCCUUCACUGAUAUUGAGAGACCUUAAGCUGAGAGACCUGAUAUUGGCGCGCCAUAAGACCCGCGUUAGAACCAGCAGGAGCCCCGCCUCGCUUUGCCGCUGGUUGGGCGCGGGAGGAGCCGCCCUGGGGGAGACCGUCAAUGACUUCCGGUGCACUCCCAGCAGUUGCCCGUCGCGACCGCGGGGAGGCGCCCUUAGAGUAGCCUUGCGCUCUAGGGAGGCUGUUGCGCAUGCGUCCUGCCGGCAGUGGCUUUAAAAACAGACUACAAUGCCCGGCAGCCCUUGCGGCGAGGCGGGGCAUAUGAGCGGGAGAGGGAUGCAGCGCGUGGGGUGGCGGCAGCACGUGCGGGCGGAGCUGGAGAGACGCGAGCGCAGCGGGCGGGGCCUCCGAGGACUGCUGGAGCGACCUCCGCCAACAGGUUGCCCUCUUCACCAACAUGCUGAGGGAGACGGAGGCCGAGAACCAGGAGCAGCGGGCCAGGGCGGGGCGCCUCAGCCAGGCCUCGGCCGCCCUGCGGCACCAGUACGAGGAGCUGCAGUGCAAGGCCUGGCUGCUCUCCCGGGAGGCCGAGGGGCUGCGCAGGGAGCUGGAGCGGGCCCAGGCGCUCCUCCAGGGGGCCCGGCAGGAGCGGCUGCAGCUGGAGGCCCGCUGGGUGCGGGAGAAGGCGCUGGAGGCCCAGCGGCUGAACUGCGCCAACGAGCGGGAAGAGCGCUAUCGGCAGAAGGUGGCUUGUCUCCGGGAGAAGCUGAGGAGGGCAAGAGGCCCCUCGGCCAGCCUCGUUUUCAAGCCGGGCGCAGAAUCGGCCAUCAGCGACGGGGGCAGCUUUGGCACAUCGUCCGGAGCACGCAGAGCCCAUGGAGGAGGCCAGCCCUACAGAGUGCUUCAUCCCCGGUGAGAAGGGCGGGGACUCAACCCCAGCAGCUGCAGUUCCUGAGCCCUGAGGCACUGGGGAGCGGAGCAGGCGUGGAUCCUGGCCCUGCCUGGCACAAGCCACCACCGGGGGGGGGGGGGGCGGAGCUUCCAGCGUGCACCAGCUGCUGCCCGUGGCAUGCUCCCUUUGUGUGCCCAGCUGGGGCCAGCUUUCUGGCAGGGGCAGGGGCAGGAGGACUUGGCCAGCAUCCAUCACGGGGCGGAAGGUGGAGGCUCAGGCCUCUGUGCCUUUGGAGGUGGCGGCAGCAGCAGCAAAAAUACCUCCUCCUAACGAGCCGUAGAGUUGCUGGCUAUCACUUGGUGGGGCACAUGGGGGGGGGUGCCUAGUGGUUGCUCUCGGCCUCUAGCUGUAUGGGAGCAAGCGGGGUGUGGCAGCAGUCCUCCCACUCCUCUUGCUCUCAGGGGCCUGCAGAGAUCUGGGGGGGGGGGGGGCGCUUCCACGGCUGAAGAGGUCCCUGCGCUCUGGAGAGGCAACUGGCAGGGGCUCCCCCAGCACUAGGGGGCUGGGAGAGAGUGAGCAGCAGAUGGGCCAGUGGAACCCCCCGCCACUGGACCUUCACGGGGACAGCAAAGAGGCUGCAAGCCGGCUCAGGCCCAAGCGGGCCCCCCCCAGGAUGGCUUCUGGGAAGCCUCGCAGCAGGGCCUGGGGGCAAUGCACCCCCCCCCCAGCCGUCCAGAAUACCUGCAGGGAAGCCCUUCGCCUGGCCCGUGGGAGUCUCUGCUUGGGGUUCCUUGCUGGCCGGGGGUGGGGGGGGGGGGGAACCCAGCCUCUCUCCUCCUUGUGUCCUGUUCACACCAUUAAAAGAAGCUCCAGGCUCACGGUUCAGCGGUUUUUAUUCGGUUCUUUGCUGCUGCUGCUCAGACCCUGCAGCAAAGGGACUCCCCUCCCUCCC